AUGCCUUCAUUCGAUAUUAAGCAAGAGAAGGAGUUGUCCGAAUCUAUUGAACUUGACGAAGACGAACUCGGCCUCGGAACAGUCUUGGUGAUAGGUGGUUGCGGAUUUCUUGGACAUCAUGUUGUCAAGUUCCUCCUUGCAGAACCAUCAUGCACCGCCGUUGCGGUAAUGAGUCGCUCGCCGUUCAAAAAUCGAUUUGACGGCGUAAGUUAUCAUAUUGGAGAUAUCACAAUUCCUGAGCAUGUUAAGCAUGUCGUCCACCAAGUCAAACCCAAAGUCAUCAUCAAUACAGCAUCACCGCAUGCAUAUAUCGACCACGAACACGCUAUCGACAAUUUCAGAGUCAACGUCGAUGGGACUCAAAGCCUUUUAGACGAAGCCGCCGCCGUUGGCACCGUCAAAGCAUUUAUUUACACUUCUUCUGGUCCAAUCAUUGCGGGCACGGGUGGUGCAUAUGAUCAUGCAGACGAGACAUUCCCAACACUUGCUGUGAGCAAAAAGGGAGAUCCAUAUCAUAUUGCUAAGGCAUUGGGAGAUAAGAUUACACUCGAAGCUAAUGGAAAAAAUGGUAUUCUCACUGCAUGUAUUCGACCCACUGCUCUCUAUGGCGAAGGAGACACUCAGAUGGUAGGGCCAGUUGUCAAGGUCCUCGAAGAUGGACAAACGAAUAUCUGGAUGGGUUACAACGACAUCGAUAUGGAUGUCGUCUAUGUUGGUCAUGUCGCAAAAGCAGAAGUUUUAGCUGCACUAGGACUUCUACGCCGUCAUGUAGAUCCAACUGCCCCUAAAAUUGACGGCGAGUCUUUCAACAUCACAGAUGACCAACCUGCACCUCCGUGGACGUUCUUUCGAAAAUAUUGGGUCCUUGCUGGUGAUAAGACACCUUUGAGCAAUGUGUGGAUGAUACCGCCUGUUAUCGUCAUGAUGAUGGCAUAUAUUGCGGAGUGGUUCGUAUGGGCUUUUAGUGGCGGUAAGCAUCGUCCUGAGAUGCUCAAAGUCGAACGGAUGGAAUUCGUACUUCUUACAAGGACCUACAACAUCUCCAAGGCUAAAAAGCUUCUAGGUUUUAAGCCUUGGGAGGGUCAACCGUGGGCAAACCAAGAAGAAGCCGUCAAGGGAUCAGUAGAUUGGUACUUGAGCCCAGAAGUCCACGGUCCAGCAAUUGUACCUGGAACUUCACCAUGGCCAGAGGAGCCAUUCAAACUCAUUACAAGUACAGGUGCGAAAACGAAGCCUGGAUUACCCAAAGACCAUUAUUGCAUAAAGAAUGCGCGGAUAAUGGCGACAACUCACAACACUAUCUUCCGUGCGCUUAAUGCUAUCUGCCAUCAAGCUCUCGAAGUAUGUCCAGGCACACAAAAUGCCACUGAUUUCCUGGCAUAUUGUAGCAUCGUAUUCGAAUUCAUGCACCACCAUCAUAUUAUGGAAGAUCGACACUUCUUCCCGGAAAUUGAACGAGUCACUGGCAUUCCGGGCUUGAUGGACAGUAAUGUCAAAGAGCAUGAAGAGUUGGAUUCAUAUGUCCAUAGCCUCUUAAGAUACGCCGAGACAACGUCAAGAGACAAUUAUAACGGUCACGAUCUUCUAACAUUGAUCGAAAACAUGGCGCGUCCAUACGAGGCACAUAUGAAUGCUGAAAUCCAGACAAUUCUCGAUCUUCACACCAAGAUCUCAUCCGCAGAUCUCGCUAAGAUAGACAAAACUAUGCGCGACAAUGCCGAGAAAUACAGUGAUAUUUUCAAAAUGGCACCAUUCUAUGCCGGCGCUCAAGACCGGUACGUCUCAAUCGACGAAGCAGGCUCCUGCUUCCCAUAUCUCAACCCCGCGAUUCUAUCAUUCAUCGAUUGGUUUCUCGCGCCACGGCAUAAGUCGCUUUGGCGAUUCAACCCAAGCGACAUUUACGGUUAUCCAAGACGGCUUCCCAUAGCCAAGGAAAAAAGUACCGAGCCAGCCAUGGUCGGACCGGUGCCUUUUGACUGGAGGAAGUACUCGAAGGGCUAUUUCAUUGCGUUCUCGUUACUGAGCGCUUAUCUAGCCAAGGGUUGGGUGAAAUAG